AUGUCCCAUCCAGAAUACCGCGGGUCCAUCGCCGCCAUCGCCUCAGGCGCACUGGCCACACUAACGGGUCUCUUCGCGUGGAAACUAUUCGCAUCAAAGCCCGCCGCGCCAGCACCGAAACAAGUCCGCGUCGGCGUCGCAGUCUUCGCCCUAAACCGCGAAAACAAGUUUAUUCUCGGCAAGCGGAUCGGCUCGCAUGGCGCUGACACAUGGGGCCUGCCCGGCGGACACCUCGAAUACGGCGAAUCGUGGGAGACGUGCGCGGCGCGCGAACUCCAGGAAGAGACGGGGCUGAACAUCGACGUCGACUCCGUGCAGUAUCUUACGGCGACGAACGAUGUCUUUAGCAAGGAGGGGAAGCACUACGUUACGGUGUUUGUGGGGGCUAGGGUUAAGGAGGGGGAGGAGCCUGAGAUUCUCGAACCGAACAAAUGCGCCGAGUGGAGGUGGGUGAGCUGGGAGGAGCUUGCGGCGGACCGGCAGAAGCAGGUUGAGGCUGAUGAGGAGGAGAGGGAAACAGAGGGGAAGAAGCUCUUUGUGCCCCUGUUGAGUCUGUUUGUGCAGCAGGUUGGGUUUAAGCCUGUUUUGCCUUGA